AUGAAGUCCAUGAUCCGUAAUAUUGCUCCUCGAAAGCUACUGGACGAUUUUGUUGAUUCUGCCUUCCAGUUUGUUGAUCAACCCUUGCUCCCGUCUCAGUGUAACUUUGCGCCGGUGGACGAACUGAAGGAAGGCGUUCGAGUCACGGACAUGGUGGAGGGUAUUAUUCCCGAUGACUUCUCCCAAGGAGUCUACAUCCGAAAUGGACCGAAUCCCCUGUUUGGAGGAUUACAAUCCACGGAAUCCAUGUUUGGAAGGACAAACCACAUCUGGGUAGAAGGAGAAGGAAUGCUCCAUGCCCUGUACUUCCAAAAGGGCAGUAGUAGUGAUGGAGAAUGGAGUGUCUUCUACAACAAUAGACACUUGGAGACUGAAACGUUCAAGAUGGAGAAAGACAGGGCCAAACCGUCCUUUAUUCCUGCGGUUGAAGGCCAUGCCCUUGCAAUCUUAUCGGCCCACUUGUUCAAUUGGAUGAGAUUUGGGAAAGUGAACAAGGAUCUUAGCAACACGGAUGUGGUGGUUCAUGGUGGGAAGUUCUACGCAGUAGCCGAGACUCAUGCUGCUCAAGAAUUCGACAUCCUGACUCUUGAUGCCAUAGGUGAAUGGGAUAUCAAUGGAGCUUGGGAUCGACCUUUCACCGCCCACCCAAAAAAAGCUCCGGUUACCGGCGAGCUAGUCAUAUUUGGGAUGCAGGCCUUCAAACCGUUCAUAGAACUGGGAGUUGUUUCUGCUGAUGGAGAGAAAUUACUGCACAAAGUGGACCUCAACCUCAGCAGGUGCUCCCUCGUUCACGAUGUUGGGAUUACUGAGAGGUACAAUGUGAUCAUGGAUUUUCCACUCACCAUAGACCUUAACAGACUCCUAACGGGAGGACCGUUAAUAAAGUACGACAAACAAGAUUACGCUAGGAUCGGGGUGAUGCCCCGAUACGGGAACACAGAGUCGAUUCGUUGGUUCGACGUGGCACCCAAUUGCACAUUCCACAUCCUGAAUUGUUUCGAGGAUGGAAACGACGAGGUUGUGGUGAGGGCAUGUAGGUCUCUGAACUCAAUACUUCCAGGGCCAGAGAUGUGGGAGGACAAGUUUGAUUGGUUUUCUAGUAAGUUUAGGUUUGGGCACGGUGACGAUGCUGCUUCUGAAGACGACGACGUAUCAGUGUUUGCCCGCUGCUACGAGUGGAGGCUGAACCUGGAAACAGGGGAAGUGAAGGAGAGAAACCUAACCGGGAAAACGGAAGCCUCCAUGGAUUUCCCAAUCAUCCAUCCUGCCUUCACCGGCCUUCCUAACCGAUUUGGCUACACACAAACUGUCGAUUCUGAAGCAAGCUCCGCGGCAGGCAUGCCGAAAUUUGGAGGUCUAGCCAAAUUGUACUUUCAAGAGCCUGCAACCAACUGCAAUAACCCGGUAUUCGAUCGAUCGAGGGACGCCGACAACCAACGCGAAGAGGCGAUGAUCAAGGUGGAGUACCACGAAUUCGAGAAGAACACCUUCUGCAGUGGAGCUGCCUUCGUUCCUAAAAUGGCUACUGCAGGGAGCUCAAGUAGCUGUGGUGAAGAAGAAGAAGAAGAAGAAGAAGAUGAUGGUUGGGUGUACAUAAUUGACGCAAAGAAGUUCAGCAGCGAGCCAGUUGCCAAGAUCACACUGCCUUGCAGAGUUCCAUAUGGUUUUCAUGGAGCUUUCAUGCCGAUGUCCCUCCCAGUCCCACCUAUGUGAUCUAUAUAUAAUAGGGAAGAGAUUCAACACUUGCAAAUUGUACCGUAUGUUUGUAUUUGAUUAUUUGAUUAGAUCUUCACCAACUA